ACCGCUUAAGCACACAGGUCAAAACGGAAAGGCAAGUUUUCGAUCGGAGCAUCAGAAAAAAUAAUAGUGAUUUACAUUUCCUUGAUGGUGGACUCCGAAAAAUUUCUGUGCCAUCGUUGUGCGCUGCUGCUGCUGCUUCUGGCUUUUAUUUUUCCCGAAAAGAAGAGAUUCUGCUGCCGCUAGAGCAUUCCGUUACGGACACUAGCAGAAGUUUCGGAAAAGGGUACGAUUAAAUCCCGUGGCUGUGGUCGCCCAGUACGAAAAGAAAAUUUUGCGUCUCGCGAAGGAAGCAAAUUUUUGCGUGUGAGUGCAAGGAAAUUCGCUUUUCCUUGCGAGCACCCUUAGGUUUCCUCCCCCCUUAGCUACCCACCGUGAUGUGUGAUGAAUAAGGUUUAUUGAUUCGCCCGAAGUGUCCAUAUCGUAAAAGGAAAAACGAAAAUCUGUAAAAAAAUCUGGAACAGAAAUGUCAUCAUGGCAGUAUUUCUCCGGGGUGAUAAUCAGUUCUUGUGAGUAGCCGAAGAUUUGGCAAGAAUUAAGUGCAAAAGUGAUCGAUCCUGAGUUUUCGUGUUUCUGUUUGUUUUGCGCACGAGAAAGAAAAAGUUUCACAAGUUGUUAUUACCGAAGCGAAAAAAACAUGCAAGAUUUGCAUUGAUAAAACAAACGAGUAAAGUUUUGCGUCGUUUGAUCAGGCGAUACAAGUGUGUUAGAUGUAAAAAAGGAAGCAAAAAAAAAAAAAGAGUGCACACUAAAUGUAUGAAAAGAUACGAGUAAAGCCAUCAAAGUGUAAAUAUAAAUUUUCAAGUAAAUCUUGUGUCCAGUACGAAAGUUGUUCGAAGGUGACGAUUACAGGAGCUGAGUUGGGUAGUAGAAAUUUAUAACUGUGCCAGUGACUUCCGUUCCGGGUAAUAACCAUGGAAGUGGUUGGGAACUUUGAGUACAACAGUAAAGAUCUGAUUGGUCAUGGAGCUUUCGCCGUUGUCUUUAAGGGCCGUCAUCGGGAGAAACAUUUCCCGGUCGCGAUUAAGAGCAUCACCAAGAAAAGCCUCGCCAAGUCGCAGAGCCUGCUGGGGAAGGAGAUAAAAAUUCUACGGGAGCUCAGUGCGCUUCACCACGAGAAUGUCGUCACACUGCUGGCCUGCACCGAGAAGGAUCACAACGUGUACCUGGUGAUGGAGUACUGCAGCGGUGGUGAUUUGGCGGAUUAUCUGGCUGUCAAGGGUACGCUGAGCGAGGACACGAUACGACUGUUUUUAUGUCAAUUAGCAAGUGCAAUGAAGGCAUUAUAUGACGUCGGUGUCGUCCAUCGGGACCUAAAGCCACAAAACAUUUUGCUGUCUCACAACUGUGGAAAAAAUCUUCCAGCACCAGCAAAAAUCACACUCAAAAUAGCCGACUUUGGUUUCGCUCGGUUCCUCCAGGAUGGAAACAUGGCGGCAACACUAUGCGGAUCACCAAUGUAUAUGGCACCAGAAGUCAUCAUGUCACUGCAGUACGACGCGAAAGCGGACCUCUGGUCACUUGGGACCAUCGUUUUCCAGUGCCUAACAGGGAAGGCACCAUUCCAGGCUCAAACACCUCAAGAGCUAAAAAUGUUCUACGAGAAGAAUGCAAAUCUAGCUCCAAAAAUUCCAUCCGGAACCUCGAAAGAACUGACAGACCUACUAAUGGGACUACUGCGAAGAAACGCAAAGGAACGGAUGAAUUUUGACACGUUUUUCUGUCAUGCUUUUCUGCAACGCAAGAUGACUCCACAGAGCAGUGAAAGCCCACACGGCGCAGCUGGAUCGCAACACGCGACUGGCAAGGUCACUAGUCCACACCAGAAAACAGUACUGUCACCGUUGCAACAACAGCAGCAACUGUUACGCCAGCAACAACAGAAUCAACUGCAACUACAACAGCAAACUCAACAACAACAGUUACAACAGCAUCAGGAACAACAGAAGCAACAGACUUUGGAAAAUAACAACGUGCCAGUUGAAAUCGAUGAUAGCGUUGCUACGCUCGCUAGUGCUAAUAAUACAUCCAACAGCAGUCAGGAUAACUCGGAUGAUUUUGUUCUAGUUCCAAACAAUCUGCCGGUGGAUUCAUGCAGCGGAAAUUAUGAUAAGAGUAAACCUACUAGAGUGCCUCAAACAGCUUCGAAUGCACAGGCUAGUCCACCGAGACCAAGCUCGUUACCAAUCUCUGAACCGAAGCCCGUGCCGACGGCAGCUAGAAAGAUUUCUUGUCCACCUAACCAGACACCACCAAAGAACAUCCCCAAUGCAAUACCUCGAUCUCAACCGAUCAGUAUGAAACGAUCCGAGCAUCGAAAUAGUAAUUGUGAUAUUAGUUCAAUAUCGCCGCCGGCCGUGCAAUUCGCCAUCGGCACCCCUCCUACUGGUGGCCGACGGAGGUCGACUUCGGGUGGCUCACUUUCGGAAACGCCACCUCCUCCAUCCUGCUGGACAGUGAGCCCAGCCUCACACCAUUCGCCUCUGCGCCGUUCCGGCACCAGUUCACCAGUAUUAUCCAAUGCCCUUUCGAAGCUCCCGGCCCUGGGCAGUCCCACGUUGAUGACAACGACCGAAAACAACAACACCCACCCACUGGGAACGAGAGCUUUUACGUUGCCCGAAAUGGGCGCAACUGGUGGCCUGCAGAGUUACUUACAUGAUAAUAAUCUGGACGAUCAUCCCAUCAACUUCCAUGCUCCCGAAUUACCCGCUGAGACGUUGCUCGAUCGCGAACACAAUGAAACGCUAGCAAAGCUAAACUUUGUCAUCGCCCUCACGGACUGCAUUUUAGAAGUGGCAGAUUCCCGCUGCGCACCCCUGUCGGCUCUGAUGUCAGCCGAUGCUCAACCCAUCGCGCCCCACGCGCCGGAGCACUGCAAACGAGCGGAACGGCUGGUGCUGUUGGUACGCGCGCUGAAUCUUCUCUCGUCCGGAAUGCAUCUCGCUUCGUCGCAGCUGCAGAAUGGACACCUGAAACCAUCGAAUACGGUCAAGAAUGUUCUUUCCAUGAUGCAUUCACGGUACCGGACAACGCUGUGCGAAUCGAAAAAACUCAACGGAGCAGGACUACUGCAACGGGCCGGGGCUAGCAAUAUCACCGCGGAUAAGAUACUGUACGAUCACGCUAUUCAAAUGUGCCAAUCGGCUGCCCUGGACGAGCUGUUUGGUAAUCCGGAGGACUGCUUCACCCGUUACCAGUCGGCUCAGAUCCUGUUGCAUUCGUUGGCGCAAAAGUGUAGCCAUCCUCAAGAUAAAAUGCUUUUAUCGAAAUAUAAGGACGCUGUUGAGAAGCGGCUGUACAUUCUGCAGCAGCAGGGUCUCAUUUAUGCGACGGACGAUCUCUCAUGAACCAGCGCUCUACAGACGCUCAGAAGGCGUCUGGCCAAGAUCUUCUGACUGGCCGGAAGCUCAGUACCAUCUGUGGAUGGGCUGAACAACUGGCAGCCAGCCAUCGGUGGCGGCUUGCAUGCGAAGAAGUUGACUGAUAAUGAGUGAGUGUAGGAGAAGAGACUAGCAGCAAACGAUAAUAGUCGCCUAAUCUUUGAGAUUUAUUUCCAUGAAAUUAUUUAUUUCGUGCUUAGCAUUUUAGUGCAUAUACUGUACGAUGGCGGAAUUCGUAACUAACUGUAUGUUAAAUAUGGCUGCUGUACAUAGGACAAACAAAAUAUUUCGCUUGUUAAGGUCUAUGGUAACUUUUGACAAAAAAUAUUGUAUGAAGCUUCCACAGGGGCAGGCGAGAUUGGUCAGAUUUUCUCGAAACUUUCUAUGCUUGUGUACAUUUGCGCGGGCUGCUACUGUAGAACAGUAAUCAAUAUCUGUCCCCAUCAGCACCAAAUGUAAAUAUCUAGCAGACGAAAAUCCAGGCAAAGGGUUUAUCAAGAAUUGGCGAGCUUUUGUUACAUAUGCCGUUAACAUAGCCAGGCAUUACGAUAUGGAGAGUUGAAGUUUUAUCCAUUCAUAAAGAGACAGAGAAGUGACUAUCAGAUCUCAGCUCAAAUUUCAAAACAUGAUGAAUUUAGGCAAUAAUGUUUCUACGUUAAACAGUUUUAUUUUUUUUAUUCGGUUCUUGAUCAAUAUACAAUCUGGUAAAACGAGGAUUCACACUCAGAUGUUUACCCCGCUUACAGCAACAACCCGGAACGGGUUGACAUCAAUUGAUUCCCAGCAGCAGCUUAUCGCGUCUAAAACUCUUCCCAACCAGUGAGGCAUCUUUUAUACAGUUUGACGUGUUAUGUCGCCCCGAACCGAUCGACAGCGUAUAUUCACAAGUGGCACCCAAAAAUUUGUUCCCGAAAUAAAGAAAAACAACAUGUCAAAACACAGACACGGUUGUUCAAACAACUUACUUUUACAGCGAGCCCUAGACAUUUAUGAAGCUCUAUUUUUACCUUGAGUGUGUCAGCAGAGUCGUUUGCUGUUUUUUUUUUUGUUUUUUUUUAUGAUUU